CUUUUCGUUUUCGGUAGAGCCGGUCAUCGAACGUGGCUCCACGUAAGCAGCUUUCCAGGUGUUGGCCGCUCACACGCUCAACCCAUGGGGGCUCGACACGUGUCUUUAGUGGAUCCCAUUUAAACCUUGUUUCUUCAUGACUAAGCUAAAAUCUCCUCAAUCUUCCACAGGGACCCACAAUCUUAGGUCACCCCCCAACUCUCUUUUAAAAAGCUAGGGCUACCCCACCAAAACCAUUAUGGUGCCACAUCCACCCCAACCCCAAAGCCAAUUGCCCCAAAAUAAUGUCCUUAAUGACGAAAAUGCCCUCACUAGGGGGUCCCACCAACACUCCCCCUCAUUGUCCAUAAAUACCCACCCCACUCCCUUCGUUCCUUCCCUUUCCUCCUCCCACCUUCCUCCCCUAUUAGAAGCUGUUUUUCCGGCCAUGUUGUCUGCCUUUUCCGCCUUUCCGUCAGCCGACGGAAUGUUCGGAACGCCGUUUCUGGCUUUCGAGGGCGGUUUCCCGCCGUGGGAUUGCCAAGAGCCCUUUUUCCCCUUCCAUGAACACGAACCGUCUUUUUUGUCUAAUAAAAUAGCUGAUAAACCCGUUAUGUCCAAUUCCGGUUCGGAAAACUCACAUCUUAAUCAUGGUUUUCCAAAAUCUGAACCGGACCCGAAUCUGGACAUUUCGAGUCCGGAACCUCUUUUUUCCCUCUCAAAACAAGACCCGUUUUUUCCGCCUAAUAACACACCACCUGAACCGGUUAUGUCCAAUUCCAGUUCCGAAAACCCGAACCCAAGUCCUUUUUUUUCAAAUUCCGGCUCCGACAGUCCUGGUUCGGACGAAACGAACCAGACCGGGUUGAUUCUUGACGAGCGGAAACGCAGGCGGAUGAUUUCGAACCGGGAAUCAGCGAGGCGGUCCCGGAUGCGGAAAAAGAAACACCUCGAGAACCUGAGGAACCAUGUGAACCGGCUUAGGAUCGGGAACCGUGAACUGGAGAACCGGCUGCGUAUGGUCACGCACCAAGGCCAACUCGUGAGGAGAGAGAACGACCAGUUCCUAUCGGAGUCGGCCAUGCUCCGGCAAAGACUGUGGGCCAUACAACAAGUUUUGCUCGUCCGAGAACUCCAACCAUUCUCGGCCUCCGCAUGGCCAUGCAAUAAUACCAUCACGUCUUUCAAUGAACGAUACCUAGCUUCAUGAUGAAUCACAUAACUAAGAAACGUUAUGCACUCAGGGAAAAAAAAUAGUUCCAAACAAAUCGGAUCUAGAUACGUACGCACUUACCUUUUUUUAGUGGUACUUUUUGUCUGGGUACACAGCGUUUGCGAAUAUAAUCAUAUCGCAUCACUUAAAAUUACCAUCCGAAUCUCUAAAAUUUAAUCAAUCGAGUCUCUCUCUUUGUCUCUCUGUAUAAACUAUGUAAGCUAGCUAGCUACUAGAGGAAGUUAAGGAAUUGUGAUGGGAUCCGAUGAUUUUUGGUGAAAUCGGUUUGUUUGCGAAAUGGCAGGCUUUGCUCAAAACCAGGGUUUAGCACUAUGUAAAGGUUAAUGUAUCAUUGGUUGUUAUGUUAAUUAAAGUCUUGGGGUGUAUUUUAGUUGCUUUUUUUUGUACUUCAAAGCUUUAUCAAAAGCA